CUGUGAAAUGUAGGGCGAGAACAUGCGUACCUUACCGUCAACAGUACUUUCAACCUUGGGGCAAUGUGUACAUCAUGGUAAUAUCGGGGUCUCGUGUCUGCAACGUGGAAGUUCGUGAGUGCAUAAUUACCACUGACGAAAAUGGUGGACAUCGAUAAAGUAUUCACCGUUGACCUUAACUUCAACAAACAUGCACCCGUGGAUGUCCGAGUGGAAGACCUGUCCUAUUCCGUCAGUGACAGGCCAGUCAAGAUAUGGCAGAGACUGGCGGCACUACAGAUGCCUUGGGAAUGGUUAGAGGAACCGCAGACCAAACUGGUGCUCAGAAACAUCUCUUUUGCAGUCAAGAACGGCAAGAUGUUGGCCAUCAUGGGAAGCUCAGGAAGCGGAAAGACGUCACUGCUUGACGUGAUUGCAUGCAGGACGAUGACAGGGGAGGUAACCGGUGAGGUGUACCUGAACGGUGUUGCACGAACCAGGACUAUGUUGGACGCCUGCUCAGCCUAUGUGCGACAGGACGACCGGCUGCUCGGAAACCUGACUGUGAGAGAGACACUUAUGUUUGUAGCACAGCUGAAACUUCCAACCAAUAUGAAACAGAUUGAGGUGGAAGAUAGGGUGAAGAAUGUGAUGUCGGAGUUGGGCCUGUCACAUGUUGCUGAUACAAGGGUGGGAAACUCAGAGAUAAGGGGGGUGUCAGGCGGGGAGAGACGAAGGAUCAGCAUCGGCAUACAGCUUCUGGUAGACCCAAGCAUACUUUUUCUGGAUGAGCCAACUUCAGGAUUAGAUUCCUUCACGGCUCACCACCUCGUAAAUACUUUGUCAAAUCUCGCAAAGAACGACAGAACUGUCCUUCUAUCCAUACACCAGCCACGGUCUGACAUAUUCGAGUUGUUUGACAUGGUGUUGCUGCUGUCCCGAGGUCAGAUCGUGUACUUCGGGGAGGCAAAGAAGAUGGUGGACUACUUCACUGAUCUCGGCUUUCCCUGCCCGGAACUCACCAAUCCCUGUGAUCAUUACAUGGAUCUGGCGACGGUGGAUACAACAACCGACAACACGGAAAACAGGAGUUCCGACAUCUCCGACAGUUUGGUCGCGGCCUACACCCGCCAUGCUGCCUCUGUAAGCCUGGAAGACAUAAGUGAUGAUAGUAAGACCAAAAAGUCCGGAUUCGACCCUAUCGAUGCAGCCUUCAAAACAAACAAGUACAAUCCUGGCCAGCUAAAACAGUUUACAGUGCUUUUCAAUCGGUCAAUGAGGAAUAUAGUAGAGGAUUAUGCUCUACUCUUGAUCCAGUUCCUGCAAGCUCUCUCCAUGUCCCUCAUCCUCGGAUUUGUAUUCUUCGAACUAAAGAGGGACCAGCUGUCUCUGAGGGACCACUUUGGUUUGCUGUAUAUGAUCAGCGUCAUGUACCCCUACAUGAUCGUCCUGGAUGUCAUAGGCCAGUGUCACAAGGAAAGACGAUAUCUGUAUUUUGAGCUUCAAGAUAAACUGUAUUCAGCGGGGGCUUACUAUUUUGCGAAGUUACUGAGUGAGCUCCCAUUCCACACGUUCUACGUGACAGUGUACACGAUACCUAUGUACUUCCUCGCCAACCUGGAACAGGACCCAGGGAUCUUCCUCAAAGUCUUCGCCAUCGUCUUCAUCUCCGUCUACUGUUCCCGUAGCCUCGCUAUGUUCUCAGCAUCUCUAAUGCCGACCUUUCAAAUUUCGGGAUUUUUUGCGCAAAGCUUCUUCUCCAUCUUCAUAAUGUCGGCCGGCUUCUUCAUCAACCUCGAUAACAUCCUCUCCUGGUUAAGAUGGGUGGCGGAUGUGUCGUAUCUCCGCUGGGGGUUCGAGGGUUUGUGCCUGGUUGUAGUGUCACCCCUUAACUUCACCUGUGACGGGACCCCAGAGGCGUUCUGUGUGCAGACGGGACAGGAAGCUAUGGCCAUGUAUGCCUUCAGAGAUGAACAAGUCUGGGAAGCAGUGGUAGGGAUAGGUGGUUCCAUCUUUGUCUUCUUGUCACUUUAUUUUGUGGGACUGAAGUAUAUCCCACAAAAACCGCAUGAAGCCUGAUCCUUUAAUAAUUCCUGAUGGUGGAUCUAGCAAUUAGCAUUGUCUUAAUGCUUCGGUUACAUUACAAAUGUGUUCUCGGUAUUUUGUUUACCUUUAUGUAUUAUUCUUCAACAGCGCUAUCGUCUAUACGUAAACUGGUAACCUAUAUAUUACAUCAUUAUUAUAAAAGUCCUAAAUAUUCGAUAUGUUUGUGAUUCAAAACCUGAUAUUUCUGUGCCUAUACUGCUAUGCAUUUUACAAUUUACAUGUACAUUGACAUUUACAUUUCUAUUGUUGAAUUUCGAUACUGACAUUCUGACAAAAUAUGUGUACCUUUUAGUGUACGCUUGUCUUGACAAAUCAUGUUCCUCGCCAUUGUUAAUUAUCAGAUAUUAUGAAGGGACUAUGCCUGUUGAAGAUUAACACUGAAACGUAUGAGAUGUAUUCGCUGCACGCUAUUUGCCUCACCACUGUUCAUUUAAGAACGUAUUCGUUCGUUCAUGUUGCUGUGAAACAAAUAACGCAACUGGACACAAAGGUGUACUGGACAAGGCUGUAUAUGAGUCAGAUUGUUGGUAAAUAUCUACCAAACACAAAAACGUCACAGACGUUGCCAAUGCUGUGUCGAACUGGACUACUCUGCAAUUGUUGUCGUCUUUAUGGAACUGCUUUCCUGUUCUUGAAUAAUGUGUGCGUGUAUAUUCUUUAUAUAUAUGUGCGUUGUCAUGUUGUCAUACUUCUACCUGUGUACAAAGUACCUUUUGUUGAACUAUAUAUUUUGACCGUACUAAUGCGAAAUGACUCAUUGCAAGGUUUGGAGUAGAUGUGAAAACGUGUACAUUAUUUUUUCAUGCAUUAACGUAUUGUGUUCAUUGCAUAGUUGAAUCGGUCGGUGGGGUAGCCUAGUGGUUAAAGCGUUCGCUCGUCACGCCGAAGGCCCGGGUUCGAUUCCCCACAUGGGUACAAUGUGUGAAGCCCAUUUCUGGUGUCCCCCGCCGUGAUAUUGCUGGAAUAUUGCUAAAAACGGCGUAAAACCAUACUCAGCCAGCCAGCCAGCAUAGUUGAAUCAACGUUGGGUAUUUCCCAAAAUACAUGCAGGAAAACUGGACAAUUAAUUUACAAAUCUAUACUAUCUAUCUAUCUGUCCGUCUGUUUGUCUAUUUAUCUGCAAAUGUUCAGGUGUUAAUCUUCCGUGAACCUUUGAAUCUUUCAACCGAUAUCUGGGAUCCAGUGAUGUCGGUAUUGGAAAUGAAAGAAUGCAUUUCUGAUUGUAAAGUACAAACACAAGGAUAUAUUCAUGAAUUCACUAGAUUUAACUUAUAUUUAUGAAUAUAAUUUUGGUGGAAAUCUGUAAAUGGGUCUUACUUUCAAGUAGAAAAUGUUACCUAAAACUCAUUCCCCGAACAAUGCAACGUUGUCGAUAUUAAUAUUGUUGUACAGAAUCACAUAUAUCAUCUAAGUAUUAGUCCACUAUGUCCAGUGCAAUCACACAUGCACUCACAAUGCAACAAGCGACAGGAAACAAUGCAACCAUUUUCUUAUCCUAACUAUGCAGUGUUAUUCUGUAUCAUGUACCUUCAAUUUCAGAAAACGUGUAAUACCAAUUUACUCAUGAAGGAAGGAUAAGUAUUGCUAUGAUGUCUUCCCAUACAAUUGGUGUGCAAAUGUCUACAUGUAAUUAAUUGAUGUCUAUUGACUGUAACAUUGCAAUCCUUCUUGGUGUGUGUGUAUAUAUAUAUACAUACAUACCCAAAUAUAUACACACAUGUAGGUUAUGUCUGUACGUGUACUUUGCCUGAAAUCCUGAAUUAUCAUUUCCGACGUGAUGUGCCAAUAUACAAAGCGAUGAGAGGGUACAUGUAAAAUUCCAACAUCUAAUUGUUUAAAAAUUGUUUUACUCCCAUAUUUGGUGGUUUUGUUCACACAUUACCUAUCUAACUUGAUGUUUUGUGUUUUUAAGUUUUUAUGCGAUGACACUUUUGCAUUUCUCUUGAAUAAAACACAUUUAUGCUCAA